GUCUCCAUAAACAACACGCAUGUUUUUAUCAAAAUUUCAGCGAAAAAUUUAAUUGACUGUUAAUUUUUAUGUAACAUUCAUAAAAAAUUUAUCCGUUACUACAAUAAAACUAUACAUUAUUUAUAGCAAAAAAAUCACAUAUGUAUGAUAUAUCAACAUGAUAAAUAGAAGCAGGAAAGUUUCAGUUUUAAAAAAAAAAUAUAUCUUUCGAAAACAAAUACUAGACGUGUCUUAUCGAGAGAUGUUGACAAAAUGGUAACGUCUAGUAUAGUCUCAAAAGUAUUCCGAUCGCCGACUAUGCUUUGUUGCACUAAAAAAAAGGGUCGUGAUCGAACUCAAAAUUUAUCAUCAACAUCGAAACACCAGCAACCACUUCCUGUUGGUACUAAAACUAAAGAUGCACUGCCAGUAGUCUUACAAAGUGAUUUUCGAAAAUUAAGCGGAAUAAGUAAAGAAGAUUUCCGUUUAAUUGACACUAUUGAAAAUGAAUACGAUGCUACAACAGCAGCAGCACUUGAUGCAGUGCAACGCAGAGGUGAAAUGGUUGUGCGUAUAUUAGAUCCUCGAAUACAUCUUACUAAAACAGCUACAGAUGCAGCUAAAAAAUUUCUUAUGCUUCAAGAUACUAACCAUAUAGUAAAUCUUGUUGAAAUAAUAAAGAGACCCGGACAAACUCUAGGCUUAUAUAUAAGAGAAGGGAAUGGAAUAAAUCGCAACGAUGGCUUGUUUAUUUCUAGAUUAGCGUUAGAAUCAGCAGUUUACAAUAGUGGAUGCAUUCAAGUAGGCGAUGAAGUUUUAGCUGUAAAUCUAGUAGACGUCACUCGUAAAGCUGUAGAUGAGGUUGUGAUAAUUAUGUCUAUACCAAGACGGUUAAUCUUAGCGUUAAGACAAUCUAGAGGUAUUCACAGAGGCACAACAAAUGUAACGUUAGGUCCGGCAAUGCCAAGCCACCAACCUCCGGUAGUUGUAUUAAAAAAAGAUCUUAGUAGAGAAUCUGAUGAACAAAAUGAUGAUGAUGAUGAUGACAUGCAUUUUAGACCGUAUAUGACGACAGGAAGGGUAAAUUAUAGAAGCAAAGACAAUAUACAUGAACAACGAAGAAGAGAUUCCAGAGGAAAAUCACAGUCACAACUAGCUUUGGAUUCAAAUGGAGAUAUUUCAGGAGAUUUAUUUUACAAUUCAAGACCGCCAGAUUCUAGAAGACAAGCAUCUACACUUGAUCGACGUAACAACUGGUCAUAUCAACCUCCUCGGCCACCCAUCGUAAGCGAGCAAACAAAACCUCAACAUUUUCAACCAUUUGAUAAAGCAUAUCCAAAAACAUUAGAAUCAUUAGCAGAAAAAGUUCAUCCAUUUUGUCCUGGUGGUUCUUCAACUGGCAGAAGAAUGUCCGCGACUACAGCACAACAGCAACAACGUCGAAACAACCUCCCUAGAUCUGGUUCAGACCAAUAUCUCCCGAGAUCAGAAUAUGACUAUGGAAAUCGGCCAUAUCGUCAAUCUCAAACAUUAAUGAGAUCUGGUUUUAGAAGUAGUGCUGGAGCAGGAUCAAGCUCACGUUUAGUAUCGCAAUAUUCACAAGGAUCGUCAAGAACUUUACCUAGACAUUUAGAUUAUGCAUCAGACACCGAAGCUACUAAAGUAACAUCAACUUCGCCAUACUAUUACAGAGUAUCCUCUAAUGUACCAGCAAGUACAAAUUUAUCAAGAUUAGGAAGUGCAACAAUAUCAAGGAGUAAUUCAUUACGAUCAAAUUCACUACCAAGGGAUAUACGAAUACCAAGGACUCCUUUAUCAUCCUUAAAUACUAGUUUAAGAGGAAGCCUAAGGCGGUACAAUACACAAGACAAUCCUAAAAUAUCAUCAUUUUUUAGUGAUCAUGAGGAUAGUGAUGGUAACCUUAGCGCACCUGAGUUUCAAUCACGGCGUAAAAAUCGAUUGGUUAGCUCUCCAAGCGUAUUCACAGCUGAUGAAUAUAGGGCAUGGAUGAGUCGAGCUCCAUCAACUAGUGCUAUUUAUGAUCGUAUACGUAAUGUUUGUGAUUCUUCAAUAAAACAACAAAAAGUUCAACGGUUUACAUUUAGUGCUGAGAAUUUACCAGAAAGAACAAGACAUUCCGAGCUUAUGAGCUAUUCAGGAACUAGUUCCGAUUUAAGACCUUAUAGAGGCCUCGGAACUACAGCAUUACCAUCGGCUACAACAUCAACUUUAGAUCGACACACUAGAACUUCUUCAUUAAGAAGAAUUCGUCAACUAUUAGAGCUUGAAGCUAAACAUUUAGGACGACGAAUUCCAACAAGUUCUGAUUUACAAGCUGAUAGAGCUAGAGUAUUGGAAAUCAAUCCAGCUGAAUUCUUAAAGUAUAAAUUUGAAAAAUCUACUGUAGAAAAUGCUCCACCUAUAAGUGGAUUGUUGUGGGUACAUUUAUUAGCUGGAAGGGGAUUAAGAACUUCAACAACAACAGUACUCCCGGGACAACCAUCAAAUGUAGCUGCAUCAGCUGGUAGCUCAAGAGAUUUAUAUUGUGUUUUGGAAUGUGAUCGUGUUCACAAAGCUAGAACAGUAGUUCGCACGGGUGAUCUUGUAUUUGAUUGGGAUGAAACAUUCGAAUUAGAUCUUCUAUCAAACAAAGAAUUAGACUUUUUAAUAUAUUCAUGGGAUCAGCAAUAUAGACAUAAAUUAUGCUACAGAGGUUCCGUGCAUUUAGCGUCUUUAGUUCGUGAAAGUCCUGUGCAUCAAUUAGCAUUAAAAAUUGAACCUAGGGGUACAUUAUAUUUGCGACUAAGACACACUGAUCCAUACCAAACAUUCCUCAGAAAAACUUUAAGAACAUCAAUCACACUUCCACCAAGAAUAAAAACUGCUGGACUUUUUGGCACUGAUCUUGAAACUGUUGUUACUCGAGAAAGCGGCGCUAUAUCUAGUUCUUUAUCAUCAUUAGCUCAAGCACCAGCUACAGCAUCUGUGCCUGUUAUUAUACGAAGAUGCAUAGAAGAAAUAGAACGAAGGGGAUUAGAUAUAAUUGGUCUUUAUCGAUUAUGUGGUUCUGCCUCUAAAAAACGAAUUUUACGAGAAGCCUUUGAGAGAAAUCCUAGAACUGUUGAUUUAUCGCCUGAUAAUGUGCCAGAUAUUAAUGUUAUUACAGGAGUUUUAAAAGAUUAUCUCAGAGAACUUCCAGAACCUCUAUUCACACGAUGUCUGUACCAAAUGCUUCUCGAUGCAUUAACUGUUUUAUUACCAGAUGAUCCGCAAGCUAACGCUAAACUUAUGUUGUCAAUUUUAGAUUGUCUACCAAAAUUAAAUAGAGCAACUUUAACGUACAUAAUGGAUCAUUUGGCCUUAGUUGUAUCUCAAUCAUCUCGAAAUAAAAUGUCUGCCCAAAAUCUAUCUAUAUGUCUUGCUCCAGUCUUAAUGGUUCAAAGUGAGCAUAAAGAAAAGCCAAUUGAUUUCCAGCAGCCCUUGAAUGUACUUCGUUAUUUGCUAGAAAUUUGGCCUAAUAAAUCAGUUCGGGAGUGUUUGCCGCCAUCGGUCGUCAACGGCGUUUCUCGGCCCCCGCCGCUGCCCGCGAAGCCAUCUUGCGUGCCCGCUGUACCACCAAGACGACCUCCGCCCGUCAUAGUAGCUUCACCGACCAGUGAUACAACUACAUCUGAAGAUGACGAUAUCGAAACUGUAAUUGAACCACCAAAAAUACCAGCACGGACUAAUGCGCAUCGACUAGUUAAAAUAGCAGCACCGGAUCCUGAAGAAGUUACUGUUGAAACACCCAGCUCAUCAACGGGUACAGAAGAUUCUCAAAGAGAUGUGGCUGAACGCGCUGCAGAAGCAGACGAAGAAAGCUGUGGUGAGGAGCAGCUAGAACGGAAACCGCGUGGACUGAAUAAUAAUAGUACUAAGCACAAUAAUAAUAAAAAAUAAGUUUUGUAUAUAUGUUUACAGCAAAGGAAAAUGUUUGUCAACUUUCUACCAAAUUCUUUAUUAGAUAGGCAAUUUUCAAAAAGUAAAAGUUGAUAAAUAACGACUUGUUAAAAAAAUGUAUCAUUUAGCUAUCAUUUUUUAACUACCUCAAACUAAAUUAUGUUAAAAACUUAUGUACACUUUAAAUAUGUAUUUUACAUAUAACCUACCAUAUUUUACCUUUCUAUGAUUAUUCCUAUUUACUUAAUACCUAUAGGUAUAUUAAAAACGAAAUUAACAAACCUAAAAACCGAAUCAUCUGUAAUAUAUUUGUUAAGCUUAUCAACAAAAUUAUAUUUUUAAUUUUAAUAGGUUACUAUAAUACUACCUUUUACUUUUAAUUAAUAUGAGUUGGCCUAUCACCUAAAAAAUCAGUGGUGUAAUUAAGGAAUCGAAAAAUGAUACUUUUGUUACCUAUAAAAAUAUACAAUCAAAUUUUGUUAAAUCGUCAAAGGAAAAUUUUUGUUUUCAAUUAAAUGUCUUAAAAAAUAUCUACAUAUUACAACCAAUAAUUUUUCUUUUGAUUUAUUCUGUAGAAUUAAGUUUGAUAUUCACUAUAAUUAUAUUUUUUUUAAGCAUUAUUAAGUGGGUAGUAUAAGUAUUCAUCUUGAGAGAUGGUUAGUUAAUUUUUUUAAUACCUCAUUAAUGUCUUUCACUGUAAUAUACAGAGUUCAUUACAGACCUAACUAACAAACGUCUGACUAUAGCUAAAUAUUAUCUAGUAAUGAUCAGAGAGUGUCAAAGUACCGAUUACUUUCCAUAUUAAUUAAAAAAAUUACGACCCCAAAAAUCGUUACUGUGAAUAAUCUCUAAAAAAUUACUAACAGAUGUUGCUUUCCUUUAUACCAAUGAAAAAUGUUUUACUGAAAUAAAGAUAUAGUAAUUUGUUUCAUUGAAUUUUAAGAAUUUGAUUUCUUUAAUUAUGGUAGAAAUUUGGCAAGCGUUUCAAUGACUUUAAAACCUCCUCAAACACACUUAGAAUGUAACGAAAUAGUAAACUCUGACGAGAUAACAAUUAUUAAUAUACUGAUAAAAAUGAAAAUUUGAGUCAACUAUAAUCUUAAAUAAGAACAAAUUGAAUUUUAAAUUAAUGCUGGGCUAUCCCGAAAAAUGUAAUUUUGCCAAUUAAAUAAUUUUUUUGGAAUUGUUCGACUUUCUUUAAUAAUUUUUUUUAUGGUAUACUUUUAUAUUAAUAAAUUACCAACUAAAAUGAUUAUAUUUUACCUAGUAGGAGAUGUGAUAUCUCCUUCCUCACAUUACCCUAUGGAUGGCACUAAGAUAGAGUACUUGUAUAAUAAUUGUUUUAUUUAUAAAAUAAUACCAUAAUAAUGUAAGGUCACAAUGUCGUAACUACUAAGUUGGGACCCUAUGCUGAUAGUACCCCUCUGUCUUCACCUUGGUUUUAAAAAUGGUGGCCGCUCUUAAUGUAUGUAGAUUCAAAGUCUGUGUAUAAUACAAUACCUGCACAUCGGGUUUUUGCGGUACUGAUGAUGUACAAUAACUAAAGUAUAAUUACAAAACAGAUAUUCAUUUUCAUUAGUUGUAUACUCUCGGCAUUAAUAAAACAUUAAUACCAAGAUAAUAAUUAGGAGACAAAAAAAUAAUUUAUUUAAAAUGUAACACUAUUUGGAUAAUCUUAAUUAAAAAUAUUUCUCAAGUUCGUUAUUGAAACUGUAGCAUCAUCCUUCUUAGACUAAUUUUCUAAGCUAACUAGUAGACAUUAUAUCAAUUCAAUUAAUUUUGUUGAUUGCUUAACAAAUAUAAUGGAAAUUUGAAACGUAAUUAACUGAUGACAUAUACAAUAACCAAAAUAUCAUUUUAAUAUUAUUUUUUAUUUUUAUAAUUUUUAAAAUUGAUAAUUGUAAAAAAAAUAUCCUUGUCGCUUUAAAAUUUUUAAUAUAAUUUUUAUUUGAAUAUAUAAUUA